AUGGCCUGCCCCGCGUCCGCCGGCGCUGCGGGCGGCAGCGGCGGCGGCGCGGGCGGCGGCGGCCCCCUGAGCGUGGGCAACAGCCAGGCGCUGCGCGAGGCCGCGCUGGUGGAGGCCUUCAACCUGAAGGCCGCGGUCGAGAUGGCGGUGGGCAACCCCGCGGGGGCGCGGGAGGCGCUGGCCGACAUGCCGCCCAGGUGUGAGGAGGAGCUGGAUCCCGUGACGCUGCACAACAGCGCCCUGGCCGGCAUGGAGGGGGACCCCUCGGGCGGCUUCAGGAAGCUGAACUACCUGCUGGGCCUGGGCACCUUCCCGCCCGAGACGUUCCCGAACCUGCUGCUGCUGUACGCCAGCCCCCGCCACACCUUCCUGGACCUGGCCGCUGACGUCAUGGCCGACAACCCGGGGCUGUGCCAGACACUGCUGACAAAGGACCUGUCUGAGCUGCUGUCUGCGAUUCUCAUGCGCACCACAGCGCCCGACGAGGCCCUGUCCCGCCUUGACGCGCUGGCGGGGCGCCAUGUGGCGGCGCUGAGGGGCCUCACGCGCUCCCUACAGGAUGCGCGCCUGGCGCGGGACAACGAAGCCAUCCGCUCUGCCAUCCAGCAGUAUGAUGACGCCCUGGAGCGCUAUAUGCCAGUCUUUAUGGCCAUGGCGGGCAUCUACUGGGAGCGCGAGGCCUGGAGCUCGGUGGAGCGGCUGCUGAGGGCCUCCGCUGAGUUCUGCAGCGAGCACCCCGCCUGGCGCGUCAACAUGGCACACACGUGCUUUAUGCAGCCCCUGGUGGCAGCGGGGGCAGAGGACCUGCUGGCGCUGCCCGCGAUACUGCUGGCCAACCUGUGCGUGUGCUUCAUCAUGACCAGCCAGAAUGAGGAGGCGGAGGAGCUGAUGCGCCGCGUGGAGGCGGCGGAGGACGCCGCCGACGAGGAGGGCACCAGUGCAGCGCAGGGCCCUGGGGCGCGCGGCGGGGGCAGCAACCACUUGCACCUGGCCAUCAUUAACCUCGUCAUAGGCACCCUGUACUGCUCAAAGGGGAAUUAUGAGUUCGGGGUGUCACGCAUCAUCAAGUCCCUCGAGCCGCUGCCCUCAAAGCUGUCGACCGACACCUGGUUCUACGCCAAGCGCUGCCUGCUGGCCACUCUGGAGGGCCUGGCAAAGCACACCAUCACGUUCAAGGACGCCAGCUGGCAGGAGGUGCAGGCGUUCUUGGAGGCAGCAGAGGCCGCAGGCGCCAAAGUGCCGGCCGCGUUUGCUGGGGCUGGGGCGACGGGAGGCGGGGAGGGCGGCGGGGAGGAGUUGGAGGGCCGCACGGUGGCGGAGGAGGCGCGGCUGCUGCGGUGGCUGCUGCUGCGGCUUGGGGAGCAGCGAUAG